AUGUCUGCGGUACCAGUGCGCUGCUCCUGUGCUCAAAGGCUGGUCGAGAAGAGACGUGGGCUCCCUCCUCGCAUCGUUCUCGUCCUCGUCCUCCUGCUCUGCUCGCUCGGACAUGUAGAGGCUCAGUCCAACACUACUUCCACCACCACCACCACGAUCGGCUACGUCAGUUCGGUGCUGUACGGGAAAGAUGAUGUUGGAUGCUCUGGGGGGGUGAAGGGAUAUCGGUCCGUGCAGAACAACACCUGCGUAUACCCUUACCAGAACACAACGGGGAGGAGCUACACGUGUAAAGGAGGAGACGUUGGGUGGAGCGCUUGCUCUCAAGGAUCAGUCAGCUCGACGUUCGUGCCGGAGGGCUCCAAGACCUGCGUCUCCUCCUUCGAAGGAAACUUCAGAGAGUUGAAAUCCUGCCAAGAAGCGAUGUAUACACAGUACUUGAAGUCAGACAUCGUGUUUGAAGUCGGAAGGUGCACACCACAGGAAGGAUUUGUUGGGACGUACAACCAGCGGCUGGAGUUGAACGAGGAGACGUCGGUGAUCAGCUUCAGGAACAAAUGUUUCCCCACCUGCGACUCAAACUGCCCAAAUACCUUCAUUCCUUUCUCAGACCCGAGCAAGAAAGUUCUUCUCGUGAAGAAGCGACAAUGCUUGUCAGGGCUCCCAACUGAAUUUGCACUGAACAGAACCAGCAGCUACUGGUAA